AUGGCGGAAACAAAUCUAACCAAAGAUGGAGCACAGACAAAUGCAUUUGAAGAUUUUCGGUGCUCCCCUUUUUUGGCAGGUGGAUUACAACCACAAUCAAUCCAUUUCUCAGCUACAGUUUACAUUAUCCUCUCCAUUACAAUAUUUCUUGGGAAUUCUCUUAUCCUUAUUGCCCUUCACAAGGAAUCUUCCCUUCACCCGCCGUCCAAACUCUUGUAUCGUUGUCUGGCAACGACUGACCUGUUAGUUGGUAUUUUUAGCCAGUCUAUGAUGGCUACUUAUUGCAUGUCCUUGGCUAACGAUAACUGUAGUCUUUGUCGAUACGCAAGCGACGCCACCUUCAUAACAAGCUACACAUUUUGCGGAGUGUCUUUAUUGACGAUGACGGCCAUAAGCGUGGACAGGCUUCUAGCCCUGUUGCUGGGGUUGAGAUACAGACAAACUGUGACUUUGAAACGCACAUAUAUCAUGGUAGCUGCCUUUUGGGUUUUAUCAAGUUUAACUGGUUUGUGCUGUAUUUUAAAUUACCGUAUAGCUUUAUGGCUCGGUCAUAUAAGCAUAUCACUAUUUCUGCUGAUCUCAAUCACCUCGUACACAAAGAUUUUUCGUACUCUCAGUCAUCAUCAGGCUGAAUUACAACAUCAUGUCCAACAACAGCUGAGCCAACCAAAUGCAUUGAACAUGGUGAAAUACAGAAAAGCAGUGUACAGUGCACUAUGGGUGCAGUUUGCAUUAGUUGUUUGUUAUAUACCAUAUUUUAUAAUAGAAACUUUGAUCAGCCAAAGUAACACAUAUUCAUUGCACUUAUUCGUCUUCUGGCGGUUAACGAUAGGCUUAGUUUAAGUUAACUCUACAUUAAAUCCGUUACUUUACUGCUGGAAGAUUAGAGAAGUGAGACAAGCAGUGAAGCAGACAAUAAGACAAACUCUUAGCUGUCUGUGGAGCUAGAUCCUUCUCGGGUUUCACUCCUAUCUAUACUUAAUUGCUUCAUGAUGCUUCUGGAUACUGAACGUUUGUCGGAUCUUUAAUGCAAAGGAAUAUAUGAGAAACUGGAAAAACAUCCUGCCUCACUUAUUAUGGAAGAUAAUUUGCAGGAAAAUUUUCCCGCGAGAGGCAAUGUUUCUAUCCUUCAUGGUCCAGUAACAUAAAACUUUUGUAUCUAUAAAAGGAACUUUUAGAGUUUAUCGACGGAAUAACAUAUCAGUGAGAGAAUUACUUGAUACAAAGAAAUUGACAAAGAGUUAUAUUUAAUGCAACUGUGGGAGGAUAUUGGCUUCUCUUGUGACAUAAUUGAGUAUUGGAAUUGUAAAUGAUUUAAUUUUGGAGGAAUGUGGGCUUCAAUCUUGAAGCGAAAUGUUUCCUUUAUCAUUAAUCAUUUCUUGAACAAGCUUGUUCGGUCAAGAUGUCUGGUUAAUAAUAAUAAUGUUGCAAGAUGCUGCGUUGAAAUGUUGCGUGCGUGUGGCCGGGCCUUGAGAAAAAAGGGUUUGAGUGAUCGUGACCGGCCAGGUGCUUUUGAUAGGAAACAUCUGUCGUUGCAAAUACAGGUAACUAGCGGGUAAAAGGAAACGACCGUAUAUUGAACUGCAUGGCGACAACUAAUUUUAUAGGAGGCUAGGUGUAACACAAACGAACACCAGGUUUGGAAAGUGGCCUUUCAACCUUUCUGGCUAAUGAGUUGCCGGCAUCAACCAGCCAUUUCCUUCUUUGCGGUGUACUUUCUCCUCCCAUCACAGCAUCUCCUGGCAACUCUCUUGUCCUUGUUAUAAACAGUUGUCAACUUGAAUUUGUUAUGUCAUUAGAAAAAUAUCCACAUUGCUUAUGAAUGUUUGAAAAUGUCAUUGAUAAUAACAAACAUUGUGUAAGGGGGUGUAUGGAUUUAAAUAAACACUUUCCUUUUCUUAAUUAAUUCUUUCCAAAACUUCCCAUUUUCCGAGAUUAAACGUAAGACUCCAUCUUCUCCACUCAGCUAAAGGUGAAUUUCUACCCGAGAAGACGACGUUUAAAAUAAUUGUGAAAUACUGAUAGUAUCAAAGAUGUCUGUCUGUACGUUUGACUCUUAAAGCUCAUUUGUUCCUAUUUUGGUCACGUUUCCUAAUGAUCUUUCAUCGAUAGGGAGCUAGUCAAGUGUCCAUAUCAUCUGUAUAAAAUUUUGCAUCAAACCAUUAAAAUGUUAAUGAAUUCUAAUAUUAAAAAGAAGCUUAAAUCUGAGGGGUUCCGGAAAAAAGCAAUCAACUCUUUGGCACAACAGACAAUUUGUUUACGCACUUUGAACAAGCAAACGCUGAUGAGGAAGUCUCUAUGUGUUUACUGAAGGAAGUUUCAGUCAUCGUUGCACAGCCUGGGCUGUUUAAGCGAAAUAUUUCUCGUUGCCAGUUGCCUCAGUACAAGAAAAAGGAAACGAUUACAGAACAAUGUCGACAACAAACUUCACUAGGGGUGGAACACAGACGAAAAAAAUCGUAGAACUGUCAUGCACCCCAUCUUUUGGAGGUGGAUUACAUGAAAUAUUUACUUUUUUCUCAGCAGUGCACAUUCUCCUAUCCAUCACGGCAUUCGUUACGAAUUCUUUCAUCGCUGUUGCCCUUCACAAGGAAUCUUCCCUCCACCGACCGUCCAAACUCUUGUAUUGUUCUCUGGCAACAACUGACCUGUUGGUUGGUCUUGUUGCCCAGCCUCUCUAUGCUACUUAUUGGGUGUCCUUAGUUCAGGAACACUGGAGCCUUUGUCGAUACGCAUUUGACGCAGUCUACAUCAUGGGGCCUGCAUUGUUUUUAGUGUCUUUGAUGACGAUGACGGCUAUAAGCGUGGACAGACUUCUCGCCCUAUUGUUGGGGCUGAGGUACAAACAAAUUGUAACUUUGAAGCGCACAUAUAUCAUUGUAGCUACCAUCUGGAUUUUGGCUAUUGUCUCUUCUUUAUGGGCUAUACUUGAUGACCGUAUAAUUAUUUUGCACCGUCUCAUAACUAUACCACUUUGCCUGCUUAUUUCACUUGCAUCAUACACAAAGAUUUUUCGCACUCUCAGAUAUCAUCAGGUUCAGGCAGAAGAUCCCGUUCAACAACAGCCGAGCCAACUAAAUGUACUGAACAUAGCUCAAUACAGAAAAGCAGUGUAUAGUGCACUGUGGGUGCAGUUAGCAUUAGUUGUUUGUUUUGCACCAUUCUUUAUCGUGGUGACCGCGAUUGCACAUAGUAACAAAACACAUUCAUCGCACUUGGUCAUCCUAUGGGGAAUAGCCGAUGUCUUGGUUUACUUUAACUCGACGUUAAACCCGUUUCUUUACUGCUGGAGGAUAAGUGAAGUAAGACAAGCAAUGAAGCAGACAAUCAGACAAGCACUUUGCUGUCCAUGGAGUUAGACCAUCUCGAGUUUUACCAGAUCGUACUGGUACUUUCAGUUCAAAACUUGUAUUUUUUUCACAUCUUAACAACUAAAGGGAAGGCAAUGGAAAAGCUAACCAUAAAUUUGUAAAAAUAUUUUUAAUGCUACCUCACAUUAUCAUGAUUAGAUCAAUUUAUAAUCUAAGAAAAGAUAUGCGCGCGCAAGAUCAUACUCUCACGUUUGUUAUUAUAAGAAAGUGUAAGGAACAAAAUUGAAGCAAGAACGGUUAGUACAAAGUUCUCUUUCAGGUUCACCGUUUGAAAUUAUAUGCUAACGAGAAAAAAGGAAUAUUGAAUGAAAAAGAAAAAACCAUCGAAUUUUAAAAGAAUGGGUCGUUUUAUAAUCAACUUGUUCCUGGUUAUUUUUCAGUUGUCUCCAAGUGAUUUUGAUUCUAUGUUUACCAUUUCCGAGCGAUUAACUGUCCCAAACUUUCCCCUAUAUUUCUUUCAAGUCGUUUCAUGAAGUUUUAUUGAAUUCAGAAUUGAAAUACAGCGAGAAUAUUUCCAAUUGAUUAUCGGGCCUAGAAAUAGCAGUAUAUCUAAAUAUACUGCUUAUUUCUUUACUUAAAAAGUCGAAAUCGAUUUCCUUUAAUGUAUUGAAAACAGUAAUAUAGCCGAUGUCUUCACGUUUGCCAUGGGAUAUGACUUUAGUGCUAAUUUGUACUUGAAGUAAAUUUUAUUGAUUGAGGUAAACAGCUAAUAGCAGCCAAUUUAAACACAGCGGUCAACACUGCGCAUGCACGUGUUUUGAAAAGAAUACAAGGGGUUUUCAAACGCGUGUAUUACGUGAAGUGAAGAAGGAAAGUUUAGAUUCCUAACUAUUUCAAAUUGAAUGCGUAAUAUAGUUGAAAGAGGGAUUUCCGAGAGAGCUUAAAGCUUGGUCUUAUUUUAUGUUGAGAUAUCUCAACUUGUUUUUAACGCAGACGCCUUGUUCCGGCGAUGAAGGCAAAUUACAGAAGCUUACUUUUACCCUCGCCAGCAUGGCCAAGCUUGCGACUUCAUUUACACCGCUAAGCAAAGUGUGAAAAAAAGCACGAGAGUAUAAACUAGCACAACAUGGGUCAAGUCUAAAACAACAAUGUGUAUAAGUCUAGGCCUUAGAAACUUUCAACUUUCCCAAGAAACAGCAAAAAACUACGCACUACUUAGAUUCUCAAUGUUUAUAAUAGCAAAUCAUUCAUCUAAAAGCGCAUGCGUAAUCAUUUGACCGCUGUGUUGCCCAUUUAUCACUGUUUACGUUAGUUGCUUGUUGUGCACCAAUCUAUAGUGAAACAUAUCAGUCACAGUUAGUCGUUAUAUGGAGAGCAUCAGUUGUCUUACUUUACUUUAACUUGAAUGUCCGUUCUUUACUGCUGGAAAAUUAGUGAAGUAAGACAAACAGUAAAACAGACAAUCAGAGAAGCACUUUGUUGUCCGUAGCGUUACCUCCUCCUCGGUUUGGUUUUGUAAGACUUUCAUUAAGUCACGAUUAUUAUUAGGGAACGCUCGUCAAAAAUAUUAUUGAUUAAGCGGAAGAAAUAAGAAGUUCAGUAGAAUCGUUGUACAUCGAUCUUUUGUCAAUAGUCUUUUUAAAGAGUAAACGCUAGUGAGGGAGUCUGAAGUAAAUGUUGCUGAUGAAGGUAGAAUUGAAGAACUGUGCGGCGAGUUUUGAUAAUUCCUUAGCAUACGUCCAUUGAUUUUGGACCACCACUUAUUAAUUGUUUUCUUCACUUCAGUAUUAUGAUGUAACCGUUGCAAUUAAAGUAGAAUUUUGAAAAUUUCCCUAGAGCAUCACAAAGUUACCUGCCGUUUACACGAGAGCUUUCUUUAUACAAAAACACCUUUAUUAGCUCACUAACAAGACGUAGGAAGAAAGGAUAUUAUAUCACAGGGUCACAUAGGCUAACUUUUCCCCGUAAUUGCUUAGUAUUGUUCUCAGUAAAGGGAGAAUAUUUAUAUUUAAUAAUCGGCCCUUGAAUGACAUCUUAUCUUAAUAUACUGUUUAUUUUAUCAUUUAAAAAAGGUAUUAUUAAUCUAUUUGUUUGUCAAAGAAAUUAACUUUUAGUGCUAAUUUGUACUUAAAUUUAAAUUCACUGAUUCAGAUUAGAAACUUGUCGCAGCACACCCAAACGCGCUAGUGGUUCGAUCGGCUGCAGUCGCUAUUCGGAGGAAUUAAAAUUUCCAGGAUAAAACUCCUGCUCUGCAUUAAAAGAAUUGAAUGAGUUGUUUGUUUGUCUAUCAGCAAUUUUCCCGUCUGAAAAUAAAACAAUGGAUCUAAAGUUAAUAUCUAAAUAUAUAUAUAAAUCCAUUUUCGAAAACGUUGCUAUUUGAAAAAAUAUAUUAAAUAGUCUGUGUAUAUAUUUUCUUUUCUCAUCACAAAGUGUCUCUUUUUGAUGAGCAAAGAAAAUAUAUAUUUCUUUGAUAUAUAUAUAUAUAUAUAUAUAUAUAUUUCAGUUUUGAAAGGUUUUCAAAAACAGGUAUUUACAUAUAUUUAUAGAGCCGAAGGAAAUGCAGUCAUGUAAACGAGGCCUAAAACAAGUCCGAAUCUGUCUUGACAAGCAGGUGUCUUCUUAACAACUUAUUCGUUCCUCAGUGUGCGAUGAAAAGCACGUGGCAGUUUUAGUGAGUUUGAAAUAUGGGUCAGGGUUGGUAAAGACGAAGCCUCUCCUAGAGCAAUUGUAAUUUUUUUAUCGACUGCUGAUAAGCCUUGAGCGCCCAUCCCUUCAUUUUCCAUUUCGAUUAACAAAUUAUCUUGUAACUAAUUGUCAUCUCUAAAGGAGAGUCAUCAACUGUUUAAGAGAAUCGCUGGAACAAAAAUUGAAUAACUUUCCUUUUACAGUUGCAGAAAAUGGUUUGCUGGUUUGACAACUUGAUUUUGUUACUAUUUUGUUAUUAGUUCUAGUAGGAUACGAAACGGAGAGAAAAAAGGCUUCAAAGCGCAAUUAGAUACACAGUUAAUUUCAAAUAUUUUGAAACAAGUUUGUAUGUGUGGCCGCAUACAUUAAUUUUGAAUAGUUGCGUAGUCUACGUAGUACAUUCGGUUGUUGUCACGAAUUCAAUUUGUCUUCUACAACAAUUGACAUCGCCAGCUUGAGCUUUUGCAUUUUUAGCUCUCCGUAGCUGAUAAUUCAAGUCUUAACUUCGCACGAAAGAUAUGGACCCUUAAUUAGCAUCCUAUUAUAAUGGAAUUUGAUACUGAUAAAGAGUGACUCUUUACCGAAUUGUAAAAAACAUUGAAAUAACAGAUGUUUCUAUAUUUGCCUUUAGUUGCUAUUUCAUAACUGAGGAACCCAAAGGUUCCCGAGGAAAAAAAUAUUUUUUUGACCCAAUGGAGAAUUUCCAGUUGCAAUUUAAAUGAGUAAGUCUUUAUGCGACUGUUAGGCAGAAAGUUAGGCUUCAGUAGUCAUUGCUGCCAUUUUUCGUUGCAAGAACAGAGACCCACAAGAAAAGGGAAAAGCCGACGACAGAAUUAUGUUGAUAUUAAAUUUCAGCAGCGGCAGAAGUCACACGAAAUCGUAUGAAGAACUGAUAUGCUCUCCCUCUUUGAUGGGUGGGCAUCAACAACUAUCAAUUUUUUUCUUGGCAGUUUACAUUCUCCUCUCCAUCACAGCAUUUGCUGGGAAUUCUCUCAUCCUUGUUGCCCUUUAUAAAGAAUCUUCCCUACAUCCGCCGUCCAAACUCCUGUAUCGUUGUCUGGCGACCACUGAUCUGUUGGUUGGUCUUGUUGCCCAGCCUCUCUAUGCUACAUAUUGGAUGUCCGUGUUUCAAGAACAUUGGAGCCGUUGUCGAUACGCCAGGGAUGCAGGCUACGUCACAAGCUAUGUAUUGAUUUUAGUGUCUUUGAUGACCAUGACGGCCAUAAGCGUGGACAGACUUCUCGCCCUGUUGUUGGGGCUGAGAUACAAACAAAUUGUAACUUUGAAGCGCACGUAUAUUAUUGUAACUACCUUUUGGGUUUUUAACAUUGUCGCCUCUUUAUGUGGAAUUUUUUAUCCUAGUAUAAUCUAUUUGUACAGCUCCCUAGUUUCACCAUUUUGCCUGGUAAUAUCCUUCGCAUCGUACACAAAGAUUUUUUGCACUCUCAGAAAUCAUCAAGCACAAGUACGAGAUCAACAACAGUCGAGCCAAACAAAUGCACUGAACAUGGCACGAUUCAGAAAGGCAGUGGACAGUGCACUGUGGGUGCAGUUAGCAUUAGUUGUUUGUUAUGCGCCAAUGUAUACAGUGGAAAUUGUGGUCACUUGCACUAACAAAUAUUCAUUACUCUUAGUCAUCGUACGGAAAGUAGCAAUUAUUUUACUUUACUAUAAUUCGACUUUAAACCCGUUCCUAUACUGCUGGAAGAUUAGUGCAGUGAGACAAGCAGUGAAGCGGACACUGAAAGAAGCUCUUUGCUAAAAUAGGUCUUUCUUGAGUUGUUCAUCAGACUUUCAAAGCAGGCUUAUUAAGUCACGAUUAUUAUUAGAGAGCAGUCGUUAAAUAAGUUAUUGGAUAAAACCAAAUAAGUGGCUCAACGAAACAGUUGCGCAAGCUGUUAUCGAUAGUCUUUAUAUCUCCGUGAACAAUUUAACGACGGACUAAGUAGCCCCAGCUAUGUGUUUUCAAAAAUAAGGUUUCUUGUCGCUGUGCUAAAAGACAAGAUGUCAUAACGCAAGAAAAUAUAUGCAAACAUUUUACUGUCGAGUUUUCUACUCUUAGCAAUAAGAAGGCAUCAGAUAAAACUUCAAAGAGUAGUUUGAGAGAUGUGUUUGAGGCCGAUGUUGUGUGUUACGAGAAAACUAUUUCAAAUAGUUUUCCUAUAAUUAAAAAAAGGCGCUUGGCGUUGAUGUUGACGCCAUAUUGUCAAAAGAGACGGUCCAGCUUCAGUCUUGAAUUUGUUUUGUAAUCAGAAAAAUAUCCGUAGAGCUCAUGAGGAGAAGUCUGAGUAAAUGGAAUAAAAUUGACCAUCUCUGUUUGUCACAGAAUUUUUUUACAAAUCGAUUGAUGUUCUGAAAUUAUGUUGGCAACAGCGAAAAACAAGUUUCGCAUCAUUUGUAUAGAGGUCACCAUAUGUCCAGUUUGUCGCUUAUGUAUCUUUAGGUUGUCUCUGAGUUUCACGGAUUUUAUUUCCUCCAUUUCCAAGUGAUUAACCGCUGUCCCUAAGUUCCACAAUUUUUUUUAUUGAGUCGUUUUAAAGGCUUUGUAUAAGCUCAGACUUUGCUUCAAUAUCAUAUCAUCUAAUUAUCGCCCUAAAAACGACAUGUUUAUUUCACCCAUUAAAGAAGUGACAAAAUAGAUCUUUUAAGACUUAGGAGGCCCAUAUCGUAUUGUAAAACAAAAAAUAUACCCCAUGUCUUUGCGUUUCUCUAGGGAAUUCACUUGCAGUGCUAAUUUGAAAUUAAACUGAAACUUUAGUUACUGAAAUCAACAGCUGGUUGCGAUGAACAUGUUCUUGUUUAUCAAGGUAUUGAAUUACCAUAGAGGAUCAGAGAGAAAGUUCCCUAUGAAAGAACUCUUGUUAAAGGAGGGAUUGACGCAUCUUCAGCGAUUAAGUCUUUAGUCUGAUUUUUCUGUAAGCCAAUCCUCCGUUGGUAAAUGAAAUGACUAGUUGAAGCCGGAAUAAAAUAUUGAAUCUAUAGAGAGUAAUUAUUUUGCAAAAACGAAUUUUUUCCAAGCUAAAACGAGGCGGCGUGUCUGUGGUGGUUAACUGAUUUUUCCUAAUCUUUGACAGGGUAUGUUUAACAAUUGCUUCGUUCGUCACUGUGCGCUCAUUAAAUAUACGAUAAACGCAGGAAGUUUGGAGAGCUUGAAAGAUACGCGGGAGUUACUUAACACGCAACCGAGAGUGAUCGUAGGUUCAUAAAUAAUAAAUGCUGUUUAUGUAGGUUUAACAAGGUGUAGUUUUUAACUCGACUUCGUCACGGGAAUUAUUCAACAAUAAUAUUAUUUACUUCAUCUUCGGCAGAUAAUUGUUACAUAUUUUUACCGAGUGUUGAUAGUUUUUAAGUAUCCAUUCCUUCAUUUUCCUUCUCGAUCAAUAGAUUAUCAUGUUCACUUUAGCACAGUCAUAUAACUCUGGUAAUUGGAGGAGAAUUGCCAAUCGCUCAGGGGAAUUACGACAUGAAGAAUUCAGUCACUGCUGUAUACAAGAAAGCUUUGACAGAGAAAAAUUUGGGCGAACUUUGUGGUAUAAUUUUUGCAGGACAAUCACUUUAAAAUUUUUUUGCGAAAGGAGGAGAACAAAUAGAAAAUGUAAAUGAAACAGCAAAAAAUUGUUUAAAAAAGUAAUUUCCUGCUUUUCUUCUGUUUUGUUUCUCGUUUUGUCGGUACCUGAUGGAACUCUGGGAUUAAAAUGAUACCGAGCGCGUAGGGUCAUCAUUUUCUCCGCCUCCUCUAUUUUCCGUUAGCGCCCAUUUCUCUUAUCUUGUUGACCAAAGGGAUGAAGAAAGGAAAUUACAUCAUGGGGCGAAAUAAGCAAAAUAGGUAAAACAGUUUUGGUUAAAAAAAAUCAUCAUAACUUUCCUGACGAAAGUGAAAAAGCUGGUAGAGAACGAGUUUGGAAAAUCGACGGCGCGCGGCAUAACAUCUUGGUACGGUUUUGUUAUUAAUAUCAGUCUGGGGACGAAAAACGGAAAGGGAAAACCUAUCAUUACAAAUUGAUUCAAACAUUUAAAAAUACGUUUACAUCUGUGACCAAAAUUUAAAUUUGAAUUGUUUGAUGCAUUCGCAGAUUGUCUCAAAUUGCACUUUUCAAAGACCAAAUAAAAUCACCAGCUUGAAAUUUUUAUUUCUAAUUUUUCAUGGGUACUAAUGAUACAAGUCUGAACUUCAUACGAAUAAUAUGGACACCAGGUUAGCACCCUAUCAGUAAAUGUUGAUCUAGAUAAAAGGAGAUUGUUCGUCGUUCUUUUAAAAGAACUAUACCACAGAUGUCUCUCCAUUUUCUACUUGUUGCCAUUUCAUACCUGAGACACUUCAAAGGUUCAAUUUUUGGACACAACAAAAACUUUUCUGACGUAUUUUAAACGAGUAAACACUGAUGAAGAAUUCUCAGUGUGUAUAAAUAUCAUUAAUUGAAGUAUGAGGUGUAAUUGAUCGUGGCUGGAUGUGGGCUGUUUAGACGACAUAUUACUCGUUGCAAUCUUAGAUAACCUACAGCAAAUUUCAGAAGAGUUGGAAACAGAUGAAAACAAUUGAAGAACUGCUAUGCUCUCCUCGAUGUUGGUUGGGCUUCAACCAGAAUCAGUUUCAUACCUGAGGCAUCCCACAGCUGCAAAUUUCUGACGCAUUUUAAAUGAUUAAACGCGAGGGAGGAAGUCUUUAUGAAAGGUUUCAGUUAUCAUAGUUCGGUGUGUCCUGUUUAGACGAAAUAUUUCUCGUUGCAAGAACAGAGGAAACGAAUGCAGAAUUAUGUCGACAACAAAUUUCACCAGAGGUGGAACAAAGACAAAAACAUUUGAAGAACUGGUAUGCUCCCCCUCUUUGAUCAUGGAUGGGCUUCAAUCAGCAUCAGUUUCUUUCGCAGCAGUCAACAUUUUUCUCGCCGUCACAGCAUUUCAAGUUGGUAAUUCUCUCAUCCUUGUUGCCCUUCACAAAGAAUCUUCCCUUCAUCCGCCUUCCAAACUCUUGUUACGCUGUCUGGCAACAACUGACCUGUUGGUUGGUCUUGUUGCUCAGCCUCUCCAUGUUAUUACAUUGAUGUCCGCGGUUCACGAACACUGGAGCCUUUGUGAUCACGCAAGAGAAGCAUCUUACAUCACAGGCGUAGCAUUAUGUGGAGUUUCUUUGCUGACGAUGGCGGUAAUAAGCGUGGACAGGCUUCUUGCCCUGUUGUUGGGGCUGAGAUACAAAGAGAUUGUAACUUUGAAGCGUAUUUAUAUCACUAUAGCUAGCUUUUGGGUUUUAUGUCUUGUUGCCUCUUUAUGCAUCAUUUUCGAUCAGCGUAUAACCAAUUUGUUUAUCUUGAUAUCGGUACCACUUUCGCUGCUUAUUUCACUCGCCUCGUACACAAAGAUUUUUCGCACUCUUAGACAUCAUCAGGCACAAGUACAACAACAGCCGAGCCAACCAAAUGCACUGAACAUGGCGCGAUACAGAAAAGCAGUGCACAGUGCACUGUGGGUACAGUCAGUCUUAGUUAUUUGUUAUACACCAUGCCCUUUUGUGGUAUUUGUAAUCACUUCUAGUACAACAUAUUCAUCAACCUCAGUCGUCGCAAGGGAAAUAGCAGCUAUCCUUAUUUACUUUAACUCGACGUUAAACCCGUUUCUUUACUGCUGGAAGAUUAGUGAGGUGAGACGAGCAAUGAAGCAGACAAUCAGACAAGCACUUUGCUGUCCAUGGAGUUAG